GUAAAGUAGCAAGAAAAAUGUCUAUAUCAACAUGUCGUUAAGAAAUGAAAUUUGCAAGGAGACAUGUAUUGUUGUUGACAGAUCAUCAAAGUUUCUGGAAACUUCUGGAUCGAAAUUAGACAUAGAACAAAAUUCGAAAAGUCGAGGAUCACUAUCUUUUCUUUCUGAUCUUUAUAAAACAACAUGGACAUGCGUUGUGGAAGGCGUCGUUGAAUAUUGUCGAAUUGUAUAUGAUAUAUUUCCACCCUCAUUUAAGAUUUCAGUGUGCUGCUCUGAUGAAGUUGUUACUGAUGUAAAUACCUUUGCAUUAGAUAAUCAAUGCAUACAGCAGGUAUUGAAAGGAUUUGGUGACAUUGGGCCACCAAAAGAACCCGAGUAUUGGGAAAGUGCUGUUUCGAUCUACCCAGGUGUUGCACAGGCUGCCGAAAGGCUGCUGAAAGGUGUGAAAGAAAAUUCAGCAUGUACUAGAAGAUUGAUAGUGAUUACGCCAUUAGAAGAUGAAAGUGAUUCAAAUUCAAUCAGCAAUGUAGUUUGGGAGAUACAGAAUCAACAAGACAAGGGAAGUAUUUGCCAUAUUGAAUUGGUUGUAGUAAACAUAUCCAUGAGAGAUGAUAACGUAUUUAAAGCAAGCCGGCAGGUUUCUACUUAUCUAAAUGUUAAAACAAUCACCUUCAAACAUUUACAGUGUUCAAAUAAACUUUCCAUGUUAACUCGUCAACAUUACAACUUAAGAUCGACUAUCAUCACUGGAAUCCCAAUGAAGGAAGAACAAAACGCAGGAACUUCUGCAAACUAUGAUGUGGAACUCAUUCAUUCAGCUGCUGCUCAUCACGAAGUAGAUGGUUUAACGCCAUUGAUAAACCUAUCUGGGGAAGAUGUGUUUUGUAAACCACCAGUAACACUGAAAUGGUGCACUCCAAAAGCAAGCACAUUGCAAGAUUUGCAGCCGUGUGUGGGAGCAUACAGAAUUACACCAGCUGAAGUAAAUUCCAGACCUGCUGCUUGUCUUGUUAUGUUUUUAUUACAAGGGAGAACAGUGAUGUUAGAAGAACCAAAAAAAUCUGGCGCGAAAGUUCUCACCCACAUGUUACAAAGCCAUGGAGGGGAUAUUUAUAUUCACGUGCUCGUGGCUGGAAGAAGUCCGUUGGAUGACCCACCCUCCAUCACUGAAGGUAUUGGAGGACGAGUUACAGAUUAUCGAGUCAACGAUUUUGGGAAACUCAUGAAAGAAAACAGAUUGGCUCCUUACUCUGAAGAAGAUGCUGUGGAAGCGAAUAAAAAAGCUAUAUCUCGAUUGGAAAGAUUUUCAAAACAUUGGCCAAUGGUUAUCAGCGACACUUUGAUCUUCAACAUGCAGAGUAAUUUAGAUCCGCUUCUCCCACUGCUUUUAAAACCUACCUUGACAGAAGAAGAAGUACAAGAUUGUAAAAAGGUUAUAUAUCGAUUGCAAGCCAUGGAAAGCAGAAGCGAGGCCCUACCGUUACCAAUCGUAACCUUAAAAGGGAAAGGAACCAAAAAAGAGGAGCAAUAUAAACAAGUAUGGUCGGAGCUAGAUAUGUUUAUCGAAGGUGCAUCAGCGACCUCUUUUAUGCAUAAAAAGGUUUUAGAUUGUAUUCGAGGUACUCAAGAAAGCCCAAGUGAAACUAAAGCCGGAGAAGAUAAAAAGUCAGUGGAGAAAAGCGCGACUGACGCAUCGUGGAAUGAUCUAGACCGCUAUCAGCAAAUGACAGAGCGUGAAAAGAAAGCGUAUAACGAAGCUCCUAGUGAUCCAAGAAGAAGACGGAGAACAAGUGAGGGUUCCUCAACCAAACAAAUCGAUGCACAACCACAACCGACAAAAAAAUCGCCACGUCAAGACGAGCCGUCGAGUAAAGUACGACGCAUGAACACGUCACGGACGAAUGUGACGAACAUCCCCGCUACCCUUCAACCAAAAUCUUCCUUAUUGUCAAUAUGGACCAAUCAUAUAAACUUAACUGCCUCAAGAUUGCAUGAAGAGUUUUUUGGACGAAAACAAUCAGAAAAUGGAAAAUACGAACUGUAUAAAAAAGAGCAAGACCAAGCUAGUCAAGAUAUGAAGAAGACGUAUAACAGCAAACCAGUAAAAGAAUGGGUUUAGCACCCGUCCUGACAUGGUGAGAUGACAGCGAAAUACAUGUAUGCAUCGAAACUUAUUCAACAUGUGUUGUUUUUAGGAGACACAGAGAUGUUAA